AUGUCAAUACAAAAGAGCAGCCAAUUGAACCCCCCUGAACGGGUUAAAGAUCGGAGCACUUCCACUUCGCCCGCACCUGCUGCGUACUCAAAUUUUAGUGGUGUCAAAGACAAGACCGACGAUACGCCCGGUCCUCGACCAGCACAGCAUCAACAGUCACCACAGGCUUCAGGAAAAGUCAACAUGCCUUCACCGGCGCAGUCCCACUAUCAGCAGCAGCCUCAAUGGCAGCAGCAACAGCAACAGCAACAGCAACAGCCAGCUCAUGGCGGCAGCAGUCAGAAUGACUAUGCCCCUCCUUCGGGACCACCUCCAAACUUUGGGCAUAGCCAGCAACACUCCAGCACCGACUACGCUCCUCCAUCCGGUCCUCCUCCGAGCUGGGGACAUAACCAGUCCUCUACAAAUGAUGAUUUUGCCCCGCCAGCUGGUCCUCCCCCUUCCCACGCCAGACCGAACCAAAGCAACCAUGACUUUGCUCCUCCUCCUGGCCCUCCUCCCUCCCAACGUCAACACCAUUAUGACGAUUACGCCCCUCCUCCUGGCCCUCCUCCCUCUCAUCACCGACCGCCGAUGAACGAUGACUACACCCAGCCUCCUCCCGGCCCUCCACCUUCCCAGUUCCAGCCCGCCGCCGCCAACAAGCAACACGACUGGGAAUCCUUCGUGCCGGACACGGCUCUCUUCCCCCCUCCUCCGGCCUUCUUCACCGGCUACGACCGCUCGCAUACCACCAACGCCACGGAAGAAGAAGCCAAUGCGGGCGAAGCCUGGUGCGUCCAAAAUCCGCUGACGGCACCCAUGGACCUGGACCCCGUGGCGCUCGACGCGCUCCGCACGCACAACAUCCGGCUCAUGGCAUCCCCGCAGUUCCGCGGCAAGCUCGACUGGGUCAGCCCGGGCGUGUGGAAGGGCAAGACGGAGAAGGCGGCGGGUGAUGCAUGCAUUAUUAGUUACCCGCCAUUGUAUUGUGUCAAGUAUGACUCGCCCUUGAUCCCUUCGGUUGCCGCACAGAGGACGACAAAGUCUAUUUACUACGAGGUAUCAAUUCCUUCUCGUUCGGCGGCGGCAGCAUCUAAUAACCCCUUUCUGGGCGGCGGUGGAGGAGGAGGAGGAGGCAACGACGACGAAAUCACCCUAGCGCUAGGCUUCACAGCCCUUCCCUAUCCGGCCUUCCGCAUGCCAGGCUGGCAUCGUGGGUCGCUGGCCGUGCAUGGCGAUGACGGGCACAAGUACGUCAACGAUCGGUGGGGAGGCAAGGAUUUUACGAGGCCGUUCAGAAGGGGGGAGACGUACGGUAUCGGCAUGACGUUUACUAACACCGGCGGAAGGCUGGAUGUGAAUGUCUUUUUCACGAGGGAAGGGAGGAUCACGGAGCAGUGGGAUUUGCAUGAGGAAGGUGAUGCGGAACAGGACUUGCCGGUCACAGGCUUGGAGGGGUUUCAUGAUUUGAGUUGUGCUAUUGGAACGUAUUCGGCUGUCGAAUUUGAGGCUGUCUUUGAGCCGAGUAGGUGGAAGUUUAGGCCGCAGGGCUUGUGAGUGUCUUCGGGGAAAGUUUGACCUGAGAGAUGCGAGUCGGAGAGAGAGAGAAUGGGCAAUGCGGUGAUAUGAUGUUAUGAUACUCUAAUGAUCAGGGUUUUCUU